AUGAAUGCAAAGAGCCAAAAGAACACUUCCUGUUGAUGCAAAAAAAAUUGCAGCAGCAACUGUCUGACACAUCUGGACUGGAGAGGGGGGGAGGCCUGGCUGUAGUGUAAGCGAACUACUGAGGGGAAUGGACAAGGUUUAUUGAUGCUACUCUGCAAGACGGCAGCCAGCAAACUGGAGAAACAUAUCCAAGAAAUGGACGACGGCAGCUACAUCGAGUUUGAUGUGCCGGAGUUCAGUAACACUGUUCUGACCCAGCUCAACGAGCUGCGGCUGCAAGGGAAGCUGUGCGACAUCAUCGUUCACAUUCAGGGCCAGCCGUUUCAAGCGCACAAGGCUGUGCUGGCAGCAAGUUCACCCUACUUUCGUGACCACUCGGCUCUCAGCACCAUGAGUGGCCUUUCCAUUUCGGUCAUCAAAAGCCCUGAGGUUUUUGAGCAGCUCCUUUCGUUUUGCUACACAGGUCACAUGUCCCUGCAGCUCAAGGAUAUUAUCAGUUUCCUCACGGCUGCCAGCUUUCUGCAGAUGCAGGCCAUCAUUGACAAGUGUACCCAAAUCCUGGAGAGCAUCCACUCCAAGAUCAGCCUCCCAGUUGGCGUCUGUAGCCGAGAGAAGGAUGACUCGCAGACCAGCGGCAAUGGGGUCAAUGACAGCAACCUCUUUGUAAACCCUACCCAGAUCUCCCCCCCUUACUACUCCCGGCAGAUUCAGGCAGGACACGAAGCGCGCUUCGAGCUGGCAGGAAAAGGCCGGGGCCGACAGCAGCCAGAGGAAGGCCAGUCGGACCGAGGCAGUAGUGACAGCGUGUCAGAGCACGACGCUCCCAUGGAGGCCGAAACGGAGCAAGUGGAACUGAUCGGCAAAGACGGGCAAGUGACAGAUGUGCAUGUGAAGAUAGAGAAGACCGACAGGCCCACUUACUCAGAUAGCUCCUCAGCCGGUGAUGACGGCUACCAUACAGAGCUGGUAGAUGGAGAGCAGGUGUUGGCUGUUAGUGUGGGUUCCUAUGGUCCUGUCAUCCAGUCUGCUGCCUAUUCUUACUCAGGGCUGUCCUCCCCGUGCUUUGUCAACCUGAGCAACUCCAGUCCUUCCCGCUCCAUACUCAGUGGCUACAGAGGUGGACGAGCCCGGGCAAAGCGCCCCCUGGCCAUGCCAGCAGGAGUGCUGAGUCAUGUCAAACCGGGCUCGGACGACAGCGAAUCAGCCGUGGGAGCCACCGGGUUGGAGAAUGACGUGCGAGAGCGUAGCCUGCGGAGCCAGUGGUACCCCUACAAUGAGAGACUCAUUUGCAUCUACUGUGGAAAGACCUUCAACCAGAAGGGGAGCCUGGAUCGCCACAUGCGCCUGCACAUGGGAAUCACCCCGUUUGUUUGUAAAUUCUGCGGCAAGAAGUACACGAGGAAAGACCAGCUGGAGUACCACAUCCGUGGCCACACGGACAACAAGCCCUUCCACUGUCAGAUAUGUGGCAAAUGCUUCCCGUUUCAGGGCACCCUUAACCAGCACCUGAGGAAGAAGCACAUGGGGGCGACAGACGGGAGCAAUCAUAUAGACUCUUCAGAGACGACGGAGGGAAGCUCGGGUCAGAAGGACCAGGGGGAGACGGCCGAGGCGAUGGCCUUUGAGGCGCAAUAUGCAGAAGAGGCACCCGCCCCGGAUAUGGAGGAGAGUUCAAAGUGCAGUCCAGAGGAGGCUCAAGCAUCAAGAUGUGAUUUUUAGCUCCUGCUUCAGCUUAAGGAAGCUUUACAAAUGUUUAUCUUAACUCAACUUAAAGGACUUUUUUUUCUUUUUGGAAUCAGCUCUACUAUAGACAUUUCUUGGGUUCCUGUCAAUUUUGUGAAAGCUAGAUGUUGAAUGCGGAGCGUAAAUGGGUGCUUUAUAGAAAUUUGAUUAUUUCAAGCAAAGGGAGUAACAACUUGCUAUUUUUGAGGAGGUCCCAAUAAUCAAGACCCCCUAAUUGAUUUCUCUUUUUAUCUUUCCAUGUUUUUUAAAACAUAUUUACAGAGUUAUAUAGGCAUGUUGCAAUAAUUGAUAAUGUGAAAGCUCUGGUAAGAUGCUUGUCAUAUCACCUUUUUACCUGACCUGUUUUUGCACAUGUGGCCACAGGAGGUCGCUUACUCACAAGGAAUGAUUUUUCUGCCAGUGCAAAGCUUCGUGUGACAUAUCCGUUCAAUACCUCAUGAUGCAACUACAUACUCAUAGCAGACAGUAUUUUAACUUAACUCACCAGGUUCUACCUCAUAGCCAAGAACCUACUAGGCACAGAUGUGUUCACCGUUAGAAAUCCAUUUUUAGGUUGUGUGUGCAUUAUCUUAUUGCCAAACCCUGUAAAGAACACAAAGCCUUGAUACCUAGGGGAAAUAUUCCUUACUGAUUGUACGGAUCAGGGACACAGUCCUUGAAAAAUGUUUCACGGUCAGCCAGGAGUAAGAAGGUGCUAUGUUUGGAGUUCAUAACAUUUGCUAGCUUCCUUGUGUUUUUUUUUUUUUUUUUUUUUUUUUUUUUUGGCAAAUGCAGACAAUGGAGUAAGAAAAUGGCCCUGCAUAUUUUCAAGAUAUGAUUUUUACAGUCUUAUAACAUUUGUUCGACUCAACACUUAAGACUUGUGUCUCUGAUCACUACUGGAGAUCUCGCUCUGUUGGCCAAAGUGUGGUUCUCGAUCCUGUCGUCCAUGUAAUGGGCGAGUUACGUCCAACCGUGAAGUCGUUUGUAUUCCUCUAUACUCUGAUGGCAGACUUAUACUGAAUUAUUCUAUGUGUAGAUUGUUUAGUCCUGAGGUAGGCAUUUAGGUUAAUACUGUCGGAGACAGGAGUACUCAUUGUCAACUCAGCACAAUAAGAACAGCUCUGUGUCUGUUCACAUAAAUAAAUAUAGUAUACUAGUCUGAAAAAUAUGCAAAUAGAAAGAACAAAGGAAUCUCAGCCAUUUGGACAUGGUUUUUCUUCCAUUUCUUUUUCUUUCUGUCCUACCUUCUCUGACGGGAUAAUUGAUCUGUGAUCUUUGUUCUCUGCAGUCAAUCGCAGACUUCAGAACAAGUUCUCAUUUGUUGAUCCUACACCAUGCUGGGACAUAGAUGUGAAGCAAAGCUCGACUUAAAGGCUGAUGGGUAAAUAUUGUUAGAGGGUAGCUGGUGAUCCAAAGUAUUGAUGCACUUUGCAGAGUUUAGUCGGCGGGAUGGGUGAAAAAUGUGCUAUUUUCUGUCUUAACACCGAUGCAGCGGUGUCAGGGUAGUACUAGCUUCACAGCAGUGAUCUUUCCUCCGAGAAAAAACGUUGUGAACUUUGAUGAGACUCUGCAAUCACAUCAAUACUAUUGGCUUCAAGUCGUGCAUGUUGGAACGCAUUUAAUCGACACUGUUUGAACCAUGGGGAUCAGGGACGGGGCUGUUGGUAUAUAGAGACUUGGGUUUAAUUCCAUUGGGAUUUAAAGGAAUCUGCUUUCACAGUAAAUACAUAAGAGGCACUUAGAAGGCCUGAAUGGAUUAUCUUGUCAUAUUUAAGGAAUUUAAAGCUCAGCUGGGUGGUCCUCUUUGUGCUAUACUGCUUUCUUAUCUGCCAUCCAGCUGUUUAAUACUUUUUUUUCUUUUGAAGAGCACCUGCUACAUGCUUGUAUUUUUGUCCCAGGUGGUCCAUGCGGUAUUUGUGUCAAUGAAUUGGAUUUUUUUGAAUCGUUUUACAGUUUCCAUAUAAUUUUCUACUUUGUGUGCGUUUGGCAGGUGAAUAUUGCGUUUUGUUGCUUCUGUCGAUUGUCAAGAGCACAGUCCCUUUUCUUCCACUGAAUGUGCGGUCAUCGUCUUCACUCAUUGACAGUUAAGAAAGCAAACCAAAAUGUAGGAAUAUUUAGCAAAAAUCUGUAUAGCUAGCUUUACUUUUAUCUUUGUAUGUAAGGAUGCAUCACUCAAACACACCCAGUCUGUCAACCUGUUCAGUACUGUACAGUAGAAUGUUUCCUACCUUACUUUUAUUUUUCUUCUGUCGACCGCUGACGUGUGCAGGUUUGGCAGCUGAUCGGACCUCACCAAAAGCAGUAGCUGACUAAUUUGAAUCUGCCGAUGAUGAUUCUUGCCCUUCACCUAGAAAAACACCGGAGGAAAUGCGUAGCUUCGUGUUAGUUAUGUUUCGUGAUUAAUGGGUACAAACUGCUAAAAGGACUUUGUGCCAAAGUUCACACCAAAGACUAAUAGGUGAUUUUAAACCGUAGAUUUUGACUGUAUGGCAUAAUUGAAUGCUCAUUUGGAAGACUAGGUUCUUAAUUUAAUGUAGGACUAGUUCAUUGCUAUUUGUAAGGAAUGUACGUUUCCCAGCUUUAUAACAAUCACUUGUUUAAAAAAAUUUGCUAAGAAGACAUUAAGUAGUGGAGUCAUAAAUAACAUAAUAUAUUAAGCCAUACAAAAGCUGACGAUAUAAAAAAAAAAGGUGUGCAAUAGGUAUUGUAAUUGUUUAAAGCCAAUGUAAACAAAAGAGAGAAAAUACUUUACAAAAAAAGUGGCAUCUUGAACUUAGUGCCUUGCCACAAGCUUUACAUUUUAGAUCCUGGCACUUAGAUUCCUGUGCCUCAUUCAUUUUGUAAUGGAUUGAAUAGAGCGAUUAUAAUAGAAUAUGGCCACAUCUUUUAUUGUAAAGUGUUACUGAGAAUGAAUAGAAAUUAAUUCAUGUCCAUGUUGUUGUUUUUUCAGCUCAAGUCCUGCUCCCUCGUUUUUUGCUUUUUAUCAUUUGAUGAUUUUUUUUUUUUUUACUGUCACAGAAUGGAUUUUAAGGUUUAACUGAUUUUGUAGCAAUUGAUUACAAUCAAACGUGGCCGACUUCUUCCCGACGAGCCGUCGCCCCGUGUUCAGAGACUACACUGUAUCCCUCCUCUCCAACCACUGAGGACAAGCUCAACAAUGUACGGUAGUUUAAAGCAUUUCAAUGCAGGAAGGAGAUGCAUGAGAAACACAAAUCUACUUCCUCUCUGUUCUCUCGGAGCAUCUGUCAAGGGAUCGGCUGCUUGUGUAUUUGAUGAUGAUAAACUCAAUAUCUGUGAAGGAACAACAGAAGAAGCUUAUCCCCAUAUACUGUCGCUGAAUUGCACGUUGCUCAAUCACAAAAUUGUAUGAAAUUGCCAAUGGAUAAUUCUGUAACUUUAUUUUUGUAUUUGUGUCAUCGAUUGUGCACUUACAGGAUAUUUUUUUUGUUUUGUUUUUAAUAGUUAAUACCAAUUCCAUCCGGGUAGUUUAUCUCUGUAGUUACCCUGAAGGGAUUCAGCUAUAACAGCCUCUUUGGUAGGGACCGCUUCCCCUUAUGGUGCUUUUAGACUAGUCCCAUUUCUUUUUCUUUCUUUUUUUAAACAAGUCCAUGUAAUCAUCAUAGGUGAAUGGAGGGGGAAUUGUUUUAAUGCUUUUCAUGAACUAUCGUUACUUAUGUGAAACACACCUACACAACCAACUGAACUUGACACACACUCGAAUCGACUUUGUCACCUCUUAGUUCCACACAGGAGAUGCAUUAUGGGCCACAAGUAAUCAAAAGGAAGUGUUUACAGGGAAGGCUGUCAGACUACUUUUUGAAAUUACAGCUCGUCCUAUUCUUUUUAUAAUAAACUCACUUCAGGUAGUUUACAAACACUGAUACAGGCUUAGAAAAAAAA